AUGACAUCGAGAAGCAAUACAAGAGUAUAUGCAGCUAGACAAACUGCACUUUUGCCAGGCAGUUGUGAAGCUUACGAUAGAAGUAGGGCUACCACCGGCAUUCAGAUACGAUGCCCUAGACAUCCCCAAGCUAACCUGAUUGAAGAUUAUAGUGCUGGCGAUAUCGUUUGUCCAGAAUGUGGUUUAGUAGUUGGAGAUCGGAUCAUUGAUGUUGGAUCCGAAUGGAGAACAUUUAGCAAUGAAAAGGCUCGAUCUGAUCCAUCUCGUGUUGGUGCUAGCGAGAAUCCAUUACUGAAUGGCAGUGAUCUAACCACUGUCAUUGGUAAGUCGCCAUCAGGUUCAGCAGCUUACGAUGUUGAUGGCAACGCACUAUACCGGAAUCGCUCUGCGAUGAAUGGUACGGACAGAAGCUUAGUCAAUGCCUUUCAGGAAAUUGCAACCAUGGCCGAUCGAAUUAACUUACCAAAAACGAUUGUUGACCGGGCUAAAGUACUAUUCAAACAAGGCUAUGAAUUGAAAUCCCUCAAAGGCCGUAGUAAUGAUGCUCUAGCAUCAGCUUCUUUAUAUAUAGCUUGUCGGCAAGAAGGCGUCCCACGUACAUUUAAGGAAAUUUGUGCUGUAUCGAAAAUAUCAAAGAAAGAGAUUGGACGAUGUUUCAAAGCUAUCCUUAAGGCCUUAGAAACUAAUGUUGAAAUGAUAUCAACACAAGAUUUUAUGUCUCGUUUUUGCUCCAAUUUAAAUUUGCCCAACUACGUUCAAAAAGCAGCCUCUCAUAUCGCUCAUAGAGCUAUCGAACUUGAUCUUGCUCCAGGUCGAAGUCCUGUUUCCGUUACUGCUGCGGCGAUCUAUUUAGCGUCUCAAGCAUCAGACACAAAGAAAUCACAGAAAGAAAUUGGAGAUGUAGCUGGCGUUGCUGAUGUCACUAUACGACAGUCUUAUCGAUUAUUACUUCCACGAUCAAAGGAUCUAUUUCCGGCAGAUUUUGUAUUCAAGACACCCAUUGAUCAAUUACCGAGCGCUUAA